GGUAGCGCCAACGGAGUCGCCGUUUUUUGAGUUAUCGGUUUGCUAUCGAGUUUCUUUGGUUUGCCGGCUGCCUCUUCCUCCUAGCGAGAGCCGCAGGUUGAACACAUGAGUGUUAGUUUUUGCUAGUUUGCCAUUGUAUGCUUGCGUGAUUUAAUCGUUAUGUGAUAUCAUCUAAGGACCAGCUACAAGAUGAGUUUACUCGCCAAAAUAGCAGAAAUUGAGGCCGAGAUGGCUCGGACUCAGAAGAACAAAGCCACAUCUAACCACUUGGGGCUGCUCAAAGCUCGCCUGGCCAAGAUGAGGAGAGAACUUAUCACACCAAAGGGAGGCAGUGGAGGAGGCACAGGGGAAGGCUUUGAUGUGGCAAAAACAGGUGACGCCCGUAUCGGGUUUGUAGGCUUCCCCUCAGUGGGCAAGUCUACUUUACUAAGUAACCUGGCAGGGGUGUACUCAGAGGUGGCGGCCUAUGAGUUUACCACCCUCACCACAGUACCAGGAGUGAUCCGCUACAAGGGUGCCAAAAUACAGCUCCUGGAUCUUCCAGGUAUCAUCGAGGGGGCCAAAGAUGGCAAGGGCAGAGGACGACAGGUCAUCGCAGUGGCUCGGACCUGCAACCUGAUCCUCAUAGUGUUGGAUGUUCUGAAGCCUCUGGGCCACAAGAAGCUGAUUGAACACGAGCUGGAGGGUUUCGGAAUCCGCCUCAACAAGCAGCCGCCCAACAUCGGCUUCAAGAAGAAGGACAAAGGAGGCAUCAACUUCACCGUCACAUGUCCACAGAGUGAGCUGGACGGUGACGCAGUGAAGAGCAUCCUGGCCGAGUACAAGAUCCACAACGCUGACAUCACCCUGCGCAGCGACUCCACUGCCGAUGACCUCAUCGACGUGGUGGAGGGAAACCGAGUGUACAUCCCCUGUAUUUAUGUGCUCAACAAAAUCGACCAGAUCUCCAUUGAAGAGCUGGACAUCAUCUACAAGGUACCCCAUUGCGUGCCCAUCUCUGCCCAUUCCCGCUGGAACUUUGAUGACCUACUGGAGAAGAUGUGGGACUACCUGCACCUAGUGCGCAUAUACACCAAACCCAAAGGCCAGCUUCCUGACUACACAUCUCCAGUCGUUCUACCUACUGAACAUACUGCAGUGGAGGACUUCUGUCUGAAGAUUCAUAAAAGCCUCCUCAAAGAAUUAAAAUAUGCUCUGGUAUGGGGUGCUUCAGUGAAACACAACCCCCAGAAGGUGGGAAAAGACCAUGUCAUGGAAGAUGAGGAUGUAAUCCAGCUGGUGAAAAAGUAAAAGUCUCCUGACUCUCUGCAUCAUGAACCCCCAAGCAUAUCCACGAGAACAUCUGUCUUUGUUGUUCUCAAUUUUAUGUUGGAAUUUUCAAACCGAAAAUAAAAAUGAUAUGAAUGUCAAUGUUACAUUUCCCUCCCUCAUUUACGCCCGUAUGUGAUCCAUCGAAGAGGCCUUGAAUCCAAAAAUAAUAUCAAAUAAACACCAUAAAAAUGACUGACCUUUUUAA